AUCAACUGGGGAGGUGAGGUGAGGUGGGGGUGGAGGAGAAUUGCACUAGCAAUAAGCAAUACCCUUCCAGUGGACUGGGAAAACAAAGAUAAGAAGAAAAAUGGGUGUUGAAUUGCAAUGCAAUAAUACCAAUCAGAUUGCCGGCGAAAGUGGCGGCGCUGCUCCGGUGGUUCUGGGUUUGCAGCCGGCGGCUCUGGCGGAUCACGUAGCCAGGGUGGAUUCGUCCCUCCUCUCUCAAAUCCCCGGCGAGCGUGGCGGCUCCUUCCCUGUUUCGGCUAAAGAGCUGAAGCAUAUUCUGGAUGAGAUUAGUGCCCAUAUUCUUGCGUCCCCUGAAAAUCCUUCCCCCUUGAAGACCAUAGCGGGAGGAAGUGUUGCGAAUACUAUUAGAGGCUUGGCUGCUGGCUUUGGAAUCCAUUGUGGAAUAAUUGGCGCGUACGGGAAUGACGACCAAGGCAAAUUGUUCAUAAACAACAUGAGCUUUUACAAUGUGGAUGUCUCAAGGUUGCGGUUGAAGAAUGGAUCCACGGCUCAGUGUGUUUGUCUCGUUGAUGAAUUCGGGAAUCGAACAAUGCGUCCCUGUCUUUCAAGUGCGGUGAAAGUUCAGGCAGACGAGUUGAAUAGAGAGGACUUCAAAGGAUCAAAGUGGUUAGUAAUGAGAUACGCAAUACUAAACUUAGAUGUAAUCGAUGCUGCCAUCCGGAUCGCCAAGCAAGAAGGCCUCAAUGUCUCGCUAGAUCUAGCUAGCUUCGAGAUGGUGAGGAAGUUUAGGCAACCGCUUGUUCAGUUAUUAGAGUCGGGGAAAAUAGACCUUUGUUUUGCGAACGAGGAUGAAGCGAAGGAGUUGCUAAGCGGGGAAGGAGAUACAGAUCCUGAGGCGGCACUUGAAUUCAUGGCCAAAUACUGCAAGUGGGCCGUUGUAACUCUAGGGCAAAAGGGGUGCAUUGCUAAACACGGAAAAGAGGUUGUCCGCGUUCCAGCGAUUGGGGAGUCGAAGGCGAUUGAUGCCACCGGGGCAGGAGACCUGUUUGCGAGCGGCUUUCUGUAUGGACUGAUAAAGGGGCUCCCGCUGGAAGCGUGCUGUCAGGUGGGUUCGUGCAGCGGGGGAUCGGUGAUCAGAGCUCUUGGAGGAGAGGUAACACCUGAGAACUGGCAAUGGAUGUACAAACAAAUGCAGACCAAAGGGCUCAACAUCCCUGACCCUAUCAUCAAAUGCUCUGAUGAAACUGGGGAUUUGUGAUGAUGAUGAUACUCUUGCAGUUGUGGUUCAUGAUUGUUGUUUACCUUCCCAUUUUCUUUUCCAUCAACCCCCAAAUCCCCAUCCCACAAAGCAAAAGUAUUUUUUUUUCUGAUUUAUAUGCAUAACCCCCUAAUGUUGAACCUCUAUGCAAGAUUUCACAUAUAAAAUAUUCAAAUCUAUCAAUUUAUGUUAAACUGUCUUAAUUUUAACA